UCCCAGAGAACUUCUCCAUCAUGGCUCUGAUAAAGGCCCAGGCUGGUCUCCAAGCUUUCCUCCUCUCUAUCUACAGUGAGCAGGGCAUUCAGCAACUGGGCAUUGAAAUGGGACGCUCGCCUGUUUUUCUGUACGAAGACCAGAAUGGAAAGCCAGCUCCUGAGGACUACCCGCUUUUCAAAGGCAUCAACCUGGCUGAUGGCAAGUGGCAUCGCAUUGCCUUCUCCGUUUCCAAGAAAAACGUGACUCUGCUGUUGGACUGCAAGAAGAAGAUGACCCGUCCUCUUCCCCGGGGCAACAAUGCUGUGAUUGACACCAAUGGCAUCACAGUGUUUGGAGCUCGUCUGCUUGAUGAGGAGGUUUUCCAGGGAGACAUCCAGCAGCUGUUAAUUGCCUCCAACCCUCAGGCGGCCUAUGACUUCUGUGAACACUACAGUCCUGACUGUGACUCCCCUCUUCCCAAGACCCAGGCUCAGGACCCAAACACAUACGAUGACCAUGAAUAUCCAUAUUAUUAUGAGGAAACCACAGGCCUUCCCUCCUCAUCUUCAUCCCCCUCUCCCCAACCUGGGGACCACAAGCAGCAGAAGAAGGCACCCAGUGGGAAAGCAGCUCCCACUAAAUCAACUAAACCCACUCCAGCUAAGUCAGCCAAGUCUGGACCUUACAAACUGGUCGUCAAGCCACCCAUGCCCACCAAAGCUAUCAAGUCCUCUACAGCUAAGCCAUCCAAAGCUAAACCCACUGCUGCAGGCAUCUUCUUGUCAAAGAUCAAACCAACAACAGCAACUAAAGCCAAAACCACAGCUGUCCCAGUUAAGAAUGGCAAUGGUAAAACAGCUUCUCCAAAGAAACCCAGUGGUGCAUCUAAAGGUAAUGGCAAUGCCAAAACUGAGGCCAAAAAUGGGAAGCUUGUAGGUGAAACAAAAGUUAAUGGAAAAGCCUCUGCCGAGAAGAAAACCAAUGGAAAUGGAAAAGCUACGGUUGGGUCUAAGGUGAAUGGAAAUGGCGGAGGUAAAACUACAACAAAGAAAGCCAAUGGAAAUGGCAAAUCUACCACUGAAGUCAAUGGCAAAGCUGAAAAUAAAGUCAAUGGUGCAGCAAAAGCAAAUGGGAACAACAAAGUUUCUUCAGAAGCCAAAAAGAAAGAUGUUAGCAAAGUGGCUGGAAAUAAGGCAAAAAGUGAAACCACUACAAAAACGAACUCUGUAGAUAGCACGGCCAAGUCAGCUGUUAAUGUAGUCGCUACUAAAGCACCGAAACCCACAAAAAUAACAAAACCAGAACCUACAAAGGUUUCUGCCACCAAAUCUCCAAAAGCAAACAUCGAAGAAAAAGCAGAGCUGAAAGAGAAGACAAUAGCUAAAAGUGUGUUCAACAAAGUCCCUCCGAUCAAACCAACAACCAAAAAGUUUUCUGUCCCAACAAAAGAAGCUCCAACACGUGCCCCUGUUCGACCUACGCUGCUCAGACCCACAAAGUUCAAGGACAUGGACAACAACGUUAAGUCCCACCACAGACCUUUCCCACCGUUUGGUGAGACUGCACUGCGGGGAGCUUCGGUCCCAGCUAAGAGAACCGACAUUCCCCAACAGGAUGUAGACACAGAAUAUUCUGAGGCUGGCCACACCCCUACAGAGACUGAUUAUUACUAUGAAGAGAUGGUCCCACAGCCAGACGGUGAGGUGGUUGGACAAGAAGAAAUACCUGUACAGCCCCAGGUCGAACCAGCCUUGGUGGGAGAGGAGGUAGAUGCCACCAAAGCGGGCGAUGUUGGUGAAGAAGUCUUCACUGAGGAGUAUGUGACUGGAGAUGUGGGCCUUAAGGAAUACGACUAUGCCUACAGAGACUACAAUGAGCCCUUACCAGAGACCGGAGAGGUCGAUGCCUACAUGGGGCCCGCCUUGUCCGCUGUGACGGAUGAGGGAGGCGCCGCCUUUAGAGGCCAGAAAGGAGAAAAGGGAGAACCUGCUGUUUUGGAGCCUGGCAUGUUAAUAGAAGGUCCCCCAGGGCCUGAAGGGCCUGCAGGACCGUCUGGACCUCCUGGAUCAUCUGGACCUCCUGGUUCUGUGGGAGAUCCUGGAGAGAGGGGUCCUCCUGGUAAAGCUGGUCUGCCUGGGGCUGAUGGAGUCCCUGGACCUCCUGGAACCUCAGUCAUGCUUCCUUUCCGUUUUGGGCAGGGCGGCGGCGAUAAGGGUCCCGUUGUCUCUGCACAGGAGGCCCAGGCAGCCGCCAUCUUGUCUCAGGCUAGGAUGGCACUGAAAGGACCUCCUGGACCAAUGGGAUUCACCGGGCGCCCUGGACCUGUGGGAAGUCCAGGAAGCUCUGGGCUGAAGGGAGAAAGUGGAGAUCCUGGUCCUCAGGGCCCCAGAGGAUCACAGGGGUUGCUGGGUCCUCCGGGUAAAUCAGGAAGAAGAGGUCGUGCUGGUGCUGAUGGGCCUCGGGGAAUGCCCGGAGAGCCCGGAUCUAAAGGCGAUCGUGGCUUUGAUGGUCUUCCUGGUUUGCCUGGUGACAAAGGACACAGGGGUGACCCGGGACCAAUGGGACCACCAGGAUCUCAAGGAGAAGAUGGAGAGAGGGGAGACGAUGGAGACGUCGGACCCAGGGGUCUCCCAGGUGAACCCGGACCCCGUGGUCUGCUCGGGCCUAAAGGUCCUCCAGGAAUCUCUGGACCUCCUGGUGUACGAGGAAAUGAUGGCCCUCAUGGUCCCAAAGGAAAUUUGGGUCCUCAAGGUGAGCCCGGACCUCCAGGCCAGCAGGGAACUCCAGGAACUCAGGGAAUGCCAGGACCUCAGGGAGCUAUUGGACCUCCAGGAGAGAAAGGUCCCACUGGAAAACCGGGUUUACCAGGAAUGCCUGGAGCGGACGGCCCUCCUGGUCACCCAGGAAAGGAGGGUCCGUCAGGCACUAAAGGAAACCAGGGUCCCAACGGUCCUCAAGGAGCCAUCGGCUAUCCUGGCCCUCGUGGCAUCAAGGGAGUGCAAGGAAUCCGCGGUCUAAAGGGUCACAAAGGAGAGAAGGGAGAAGAUGGCUUCCCAGGAAUUAAGGGAGAUUUUGGCAUCAAGGGAGAGAGGGGUGAGAUUGGAGUUUCAGGGCCCAGAGGAGAAGAUGGCCCAGAGGGACCAAAGGGUCGUGUUGGACCUCCUGGAGAACUCGGACCAAUUGGGCUUGCUGGAGAGAAGGGUAAACUUGGUGUACCUGGACUUCCUGGAUACCCUGGAAGACAAGGACCCAAGGGAUCUCUUGGAUUCCCUGGAUUUCCUGGUUCUAAUGGAGAGAAGGGAACGCGGGGUGUUUCUGGAAAACAAGGACCAAGAGGACAAAGAGGACCAACGGGUCCUCGAGGGCAGAGAGGACCGAGGGGAUCAACAGGAAAACUAGGAGCAAAGGGAACGUCUGGAAGUGACGGCCCUCCUGGUCCUCCUGGAGAGAGGGGAUUACCCGGACCUCAAGGAGCCAACGGCUUCCCCGGACCAAAGGGACCUCCAGGACCACCAGGAAAGGACGGACUGCCUGGACAUCCUGGACAGAGAGGAGAAGUCGGGUUCCAAGGUAAAGUGGGUCCACCUGGGCCUCCGGGAGUUGUAGGACCUCAGGGUCCAUCCGGUGAAACGGGCCCCAUGGGUGAGCGUGGGCACCCUGGACCUCCAGGUCCUCCAGGAGAGCAGGGACUUUCUGGUCCGUCAGGAAAAGAGGGCACCAAGGGAGACCCCGGACCUCCAGGAGGCCCUGGUAAAGAUGGGCCUCCUGGUCUGAGAGGAUUCCCUGGAGAGAGAGGACUUCCUGGAACCCCUGGUGGUGGAGGACUGAAGGGAAGCGAAGGACCUGCUGGACCUCCUGGACCUGCUGGUUCUCCUGGUGAGAGAGGUUCUGCUGGAACCGCUGGACCUGUGGGACCUCCUGGCAGACCAGGUCCUCAAGGAACACCAGGACAAGCUGGAGAGAAGGGCGUUCCAGGCGAGAAAGGCCCCAUUGGCCCAGCAGGGCGGGAUGGAGUCCAGGGUCCAGUGGGUCUGCCCGGCCCUGCUGGAUCACCUGGAGUACCUGGAGAGGAUGGAGAUAAGGGUGAAGUUGGAGAACACGGUCAGAAGGGAGCCAAGGGGGGGAAAGGAGAGCAUGGUCCUCCUGGUCCACCUGGCCCAAACGGUCCAGUUGGCCAACCCGGUCCUGCUGGGGCAGAUGGAGAGCUGGGACCAAGGGGGCAGCAGGGACCUUUUGGAGCUAAAGGUGACGAAGGAACUCGAGGAUUCCCGGGAGCUCCGGGACCUAUCGGACUUCAGGGCCUGCCUGGACCAUCGGGUGAGAAGGGAGAGACCGGAGACGUUGGGCCAUUGGGUCCUCCUGGACCUCCAGGACCCCGCGGACCUGCUGGACCCAACGGAGCCGACGUGAGUGCUUGGAGCUCUUCUAGUUGCUUCUGUAGUUUUUACCAAGUCAGGUCUGUUAGUAGGAACUUUGUCUCUCAUUACAUUUGUUUCAUGGUUGCAUUUCAGGGACCUCAAGGUCCUCCUGGUGGUUUGGGUAAUCCUGGACCUCUUGGAGAGAAGGGAGAGCCUGGUGAGGCGGGAGCACCUGGAGUUGUUGGAGAACCAGGAAAGAAGGGUCUUCGUGGAGAACGCGGAGAGAAGGGAGAAGCUGGACAACCUGGAACUGCUGGACCUGCUGGAGGACGAGGACGACCUGGAGAUGAUGGACCCAAAGGAAACCCAGGCCCAGUUGGUUCCCCUGGAGAUCCUGGUGCUCCUGGUGAGGUUGGACCCAGAGGUCAAGAUGGCGCCAAAGGAGAGAGAGGAGAGGACGGUGAAGCAGGAGAGUCGGGUUCUCCAGGACCUCCCGGUGAGAACGGACCACCUGGUCCUCCAGGAAAAAGGGGACCUGCUGGGACCAGAGGACCGGAGGGCCGACAAGGAGAGAAGGGAACCAAAGGGGAUCCAGGUGCCGUCGGGCCCCCAGGGAAGACCGGCCCCGUUGGUCCUCAGGGUCAGCCGGGAAAACCGGGAACAGAAGGUCUCAGAGGACUUCCAGGAUCAGUGGGAGAGCAAGGAUCUCCAGGAUCUGCUGGACAGACGGGCCCACCUGGACCUAUCGGACCUCCCGGUCUACCUGGCCUGCGUGGAGAUCCUGGUGCAAAGGGUGAGAAGGGUCACCAGGGUCUCAUCGGUCUGAUCGGACCUUCAGGAGAGCAGGGAGAGAAAGGAGACCGGGGCAUGCCUGGGCCUCAUGGAUCCACCGGACCUAAAGGAGAACCUGGGAUGGCUGGAGGUACUGGACCUCUGGGUCCUGCUGGUCCUCCUGGGCUUCCUGGUCCGCAAGGUGUCAAAGGAGCAAAGGGCUCCAGUGGAGGAGCAGGUCCAAAGGGAGAGAAGGGUGUGCAAGGACCUCCUGGGCCUCCUGGUCCCCCAGGCGAGGCCAUUCAGCCUCUGCCCAUUCUGAGGAGUCCCAAGACUAAACGCUCCAUCGAUGCCAGCCAGCUGCUGUCUGAGUUCAACCCCGACGCGCCAGCCUCCGACACCGCUGGUACGGAGUUCCUGAUGGGCAGUGAAGGCAUGGAGGAGAUCUUCGGAUCCCUGAACCCGCUAAGGCAGGAGAUCGAGACGAUGCGUUUCCCUCUGGGGACUCGGGACAGUCCGGCUCGCACCUGCCAGGACCUGCAGCUCAGCCAGCCGGACCUCCAGGAUGGAGAGUACUGGAUUGACCCAAACCAAGGCUGCUCCAGAGACUCCUUCAAGGUCUUCUGUAAUUUCACUAAAGGAGAGACGUGCCUGUACCCCAGAGACGUCGACACGGUGAAGAUGAGCUCCUGGGACAAAGAGACUCCAGGGUCGUGGUACAGUCAGUUCACCACUGGUAGCAAGUUCUCCUACGUGGAUUUGAACGGCGAGCCCGUGGGCGUGGUCCAGCUGGGCUUCCUGCGCCUCCUGAGCGUCCAGGCCCGUCAGAACCUCACCUACCACUGCCACCGCUCUGUGGCCUGGGCCGACCGAAGCGCCAAGAACAACCACAAGAGGGCGCUGCACUUCAGAGGCGCCAACGAGGAAGAGCUAAGCUACGAGACCAGCCCUUACAUCAAAGCCUUGGUGGACGGCUGCUCCUACCGGAAAGGCUUCGACAGGACGGUCCUGGAGAUCAACACGCCUCAGGUGGAGCACCUCCCUCUGCUGGACAUCAAGGUGUCAGACUUUGGGGAGAGCAACCAGCAGUUUGGGUUUGAAGUUGGACCUGUCUGUUUCCAAGGCUGAACACUCACUCACACACACACACACACACACACACGAUAAACAUACAGGCCCAGUAAUUUGUAAAUUAACUUGUAAAUGAUAUAAACACACACACACACUCGCCUACGUGCCUCUGGAGCCCUCCCAGCAAAACAUGGAC